AAUCUCGAUUUUAACCACCUUGAUGGAACCUAAACAAGUUAUCAGGAGUAGUCGGUGUUUUUAACUGCCAAGGAGCAGGAAGUUGGCCAAUGAAACAAGUAGUUGAAAACAUAGAAAGCAAACCAUCCACUCCAAUUUUAGGCCAUGUGAGUCCCUCUGAUGUUGAGUGCAUGGAAGAGAUUGCAGGAGAAAACUGGAACGAAGACUGUGCAGUAUAUGCCUUCCAUUCAGAAUCUCUCUUCAUAAUACCAAAGCAAAGAAAUAUCAAAUUGUCCUUGGCAACUCUCAAAAGUGAAAUAUACACCAUUUCUCCAAUAAGAGUUUUUGAUCAAAAUAUCCGAUUUGCUCCACUAGGAUUACUCAGGUGGAGCAGUAGAAGCCGUGGACUGCAUCAUGGAACUCACAGGAUGCACAAUAAAAAUCAAAGGAAGAGGCUGUGGCCGAUUUGGGUUCUACUCGAGCACUAAACCAAAGUGUUGCAUGGUGGACAUGAAGGGGGACGAGUUUAUAUACAAUGCCAAUGAUGGAUUAUUAACAAUUGAACUAAAAGGUGAAUGCAACUUACAUGAUAUUGAGUUUGUCUAUUUUAGGUGAGGUGUUUUAUGUACCAAUCACCGUGGGACAGGUAAAGAAGGCAGUUCAGUUCCUAGAAAUCAAUUCAAUUGAAGCAAUUUAAUUAGAAGACAAUGGAACAGUGACCUUGAAGCUGCAAAUUGCUUGAUCAAAUGUUAUCAUCAUUUUGUAUACUUAUGCUGUUUCGAAUGUUGAUGUAAUCUCCAUCUUUCAAUGCUUUGGAUAUGUUUUGUAAGAGUCCCAGAGAAAAUUAACUAGAAAAUAAAAAUUAGUUGGACCG